GGAGGGGCGGGGAGGGUGGCAGGCGGGCGCAGAGAUAAAGGGGUCCGGCCUGGGAGCGAGGGCCUCACACACGCUCUCCCCUGCUACUCCGCAGGUAACAUGAGCCCCCACACUAGGGCCGGGGCCGCCCCGCCCCGGCUGGCUCUGCCCCUGCCCCUGCUGUGUCUGCUGUGCCUGCUGGGCGGCCGCUGCCUGCGCGCUGAUCCCGGGGAUGGCGCGCAGACUUGGGUCCGCUUCGCCCGCGCUCCGUCGCCCGAGGCCGCGGGCUUCCUCCACGACACCUUCCCCGACGGCUUCCUCUGGGCGGUGGGCAGCGCUGCUUACCAGACGGAGGGCGGCUGGAGGCAGCAUGGCAAGGGCGCCUCCAUCUGGGACACCUUCACCCACCGCCCCGCUGCGCCCCUGGGGGACCUCCCGCCCCAAGUCCCAGCCUUGUACCGCUCCUGGUCCACACAGCCGUCUCUGCCGCCGGCUCCACCUAGUCCCGCCACGGGGGACGUGGCUGGCGACAGUUACAACCAUAUCUUCCGCGACACCGAGGGGCUGCGCGAGCUCGGGGUCACCCACUACCGCUUCUCCAUCUCGUGGGCUCGCGUGCUGCCCGGCGGUGGCGGUGUGGGUGCGGGGCCCCCCAACCUCGAGGGGCUGCACUACUACCGGCGCUUGCUGGAGCGACUGCGCGAACUCCGCGUGGAGCCCGUGGUCACCCUCUACCACUGGGACCUGCCACAGCGCCUACAGGACAUCUACGGAGGCUGGGCCAACCGCACGGUGGCCGACCUCUUCAGGGACUAUGCCGAGCUCUGCUUCCGCCACUUUGGCGGCCAGGUCAAGUACUGGAUAACCAUCGACAACCCCUACGUGGUGGCCUGGCACGGCUAUGCCACGGGGAAGCUUGCCCCCGGUGUGCGGGGCAACCGGCAGCUCGGCUACGAGGUGGCCCACAACCUGCUCCUGGCCCAUGCUAAAGUCUGGCAUCUCUACAAUACGUCUUUUCGUUCAACUCAAGGAGGACAAGUGUCUAUUGCACUUAGUUCACAUUGGAUCAGUCCCCGAAAAAUGACUGAACAUGACUUAAAAGAAUGUCAAAAAUCUCUUGACUUUGUUUUGGGCUGGUUUGCUAAACCGAUCUUCAUUGAUGGUGACUACCCACAGAGCAUGAAGGAAAACCUUUCAUCACUUUUGCCAAAUUUUACAGAAUCUGAGAAAAAUUUCAUCAAGGGAACAGCUGACUUUUUUGCACUUUCCUUUGGACCAACCCUCAGUUUUCAGCUCUUGGACCCUCAUAUGAAGUUUCGACAAUUAGAAUCACCAAGUCUGAGACAGCUUCUUUCCUGGAUAGACUUUGAAUAUAACCAUCCUCAGAUUUUUAUUGUGGAGAAUGGCUGGUUUGUUUCAGGUACCACCAAGAGGGAUGAUGCCAAGUACAUGUAUUACCUCAAAAAGUUCAUUAUGGAAACUUUAAAAGCCAUCAGAUAUGAUGGAGUCGAAGUCAUUGGUUACACUGUUUGGUCCCUCAUGGAUGGCUUUGAAUGGCACAGAGGAUACAGCAUUAGACGUGGAUUAUUUUACAUAGAUUUCCUAAGUCAUGAUAAGAAGCUGCUGCCAAAGUCUUCAGCCUUGUUUUACCAAAAGCUGAUAGAAAGAAAUGGCUUCCCUUCUUUACCAGAAAAUCUACCGAUAGAAGGGACAUUUCCAUGUGGCUUUGCUUGGGGAGUUGUUGACAACUACAUUCAAGUAGAUACAACUCCUUCCCAGUUUAAUGAUCCAAAUGUUUAUGUCUGGGAUAUCCAUCAGAGUAAAAAGCUUAUUAAAGUUGAUGGGGUUGUGACUUCGAGAAGGAAGCCUCAUUGUGUGGAUUUUGCUGCCAUCAGGCUCCAGAUUUCUCUGCUUCGGGAAAUACAUGUAACUCAUUUUUACUUCUCAUUGAAGUGGGCCCAGAUCCUGCCCUUGGGGAACCAAUCUCAAGUCAAUUAUACAAUCUUACAUUAUUAUCGUUGUUUUGUGAGUGAACUCGUCCGUGUGAACAUAACACCUGUUGUUGCAUUAUGGCAACCAGCCCCUGAGUAUCAAGAUCUUCCUCUUCUUUUAGGUAAAAAUGGAGCCUGGGAGAACCCCCUAAUUGUUCAUUCUUUUGGAGAAUAUGCCAGGCUGUGUUUUAAAGAACUUGGCCAGUUUGUUAAGUUUUGGAUUACAAUGAAUGAACCUCAUAUACAGAAUAUGACAUAUAAUGCAGGACAUAAUCUUUUGAAGGCCCACGCACAAGCUUGGCAUUUGUAUGAUCAACAUUUUAGAAGAUCUCAGAAAGGUAAAAUCUCAAUAGCCUUACAGGCUGAUUGGGUAGAGCCAGCCUGCCCUUUCUCACAAAAUGAUAAAGAAGUAGCUGAGAGAGUUUUGGAAUUUGACAUUGGCUGGCUUGCUGAGCCCAUUUUUGGCAGUGGUGACUAUCCACAUGUUAUGAGAGAGUGGCUGAACCAAAGAAACAAUUUCUUUUUGCCUUAUUUCACUGAAAGUGAAAAGAAGCUAAUCCAGGGAUCAUUUGACUUUCUUGCUUUAAGUCAUUAUACCACUAUCCUUGUGGACUGGGAAAAAGAAGAUCCAGCGAAAUACAAUGACUAUCUAGAAGUACAAGAAAUGACAGACAGCACAUGGCUAAACUCACCAAGUAGGGUGGCUGUGGUGCCCUGGGGAUUGCGCAGGGUGCUCAACUGGUUUAAGUCCAAGUAUGGAGACAUCCCUGUGUACAUAAUAGCUAAUGGAAUUGAUGAUGAUCCACAUGUGAUGCAAGACAAGAUGAGGACGUAUUAUAUACAGAAUUAUGUCAAUGAAGCUUUAAAAGCCCAUGUAUUGGAUGGUGUCAGACUUCGUGGAUACUUUGUUUAUUCUUUCAAUGACCGAACUGCUCCCAAGUUUGGUCUCUACCGUUAUGCUGCAAAUCAGUUUGAGCCAAAACCUUCAAUGAAUCAUUACAAGAAAAUUAUUGACAACAAUGGUUUUCCUGGGCCUGAUACUCUGAGGAGAUUUUGUCCGGACGAAUUCAUCCUGUGUACUGAAUGUAAUUUUUUUGAGACUCGGAAGUCUUUACUGGUCUUUAUAGCUUUUCUGUUUUUUGCAUUUAUUGCCACCAUUUCCCUAAUUUUUUACUACUCGAGGAGAAGUUAAAGGAAUUAGAAAGAGUUCUGGAUUUUUCUUUUUUCAAUCAUCCUUUUGGUAGUUCUGAAGAAAUUAUGCACAGUAUUUGCUGUUAUGUUUCAGGCUAUCCACAUGCCCAGAUAUUGCAAAACUGUAGAUUUCACAGCCGACUUCUACAGUAAAAUAUCCUUUUUGUGCUGUGUGACAAAAAUUUUAUAACAGAUGAUUGUUUUCAAAAUUUUGAAUUUGAAUUUGAAUAUCCCUACUGAAAUUUAGUGAUUGGACAACUUUUUUUCUCCUUUGGAUAAAAUCCUAAAUGUAAAUAAAAAUAGAGACAAUUCAAUCUACUACACUCAGCAUAUUUUUAAAUGCAUAAAUUAGGGGGAAGCAUAAAUACAACUUGCUCUCAGCAAUAGAAGGGUAGUUUUUCUAUUGGAAACAGCCUAUCUAUCAUCCCCAUUCCUGAAUGGAACUGUUCCUAGUAGAAGAAAAAUCAGAAAUAUUUAAAUAAAAGAUGGGGACCAAAUCACUUGAUCCCAGCUCAACAGCACAGUAUAUCAUGGCAUAGACCUCUUGGCUGAUAUGAAAAAUUUCCAUGAGAAAAUAGAGACCAUUGGGGAAAAUAAAAGUGUCUAAAAUUUUUGAAAAACAUGCAGUGUAUUCUGAAGUGCUACUGACAGUUAGUUACAAAGUUGAUAUUUAUUUUAUUGUAUAAGGCCAAGUUUUAUCUUACUUUUAAUAGGGAAGGCACAUGAAACAUAGCACAUGAAGUACAAAAUGUAGAACAGCCCGAGAAAAGAGA